GUGUGGGUGGUUGCGGUGUUCUCCGUACUGUAGUCUGUGAAACAACAGUGCGGCCAUGGCAGAACCACAGCCCGCAUCCAGCGGCCUCACCGACGAGGCUGCCCUCGGUUGCUGCUCCGACCCGGAUCCCAGCACUAAGGAUUUUCUGUUGCAGCAGACCAUGCUACGAAUUAAGGAUCCUAAGAAGUCAUUGGAUUUUUAUACUAGAGUUCUUGGAAUGACGCUACUCCAAAAAUUAGAUUUUCCCACUAUGAAAUUCUCACUGUAUUUCUUGGCUUAUGAGGAAAAAAAUGACAUCCCAAAAGAUAAAGAUGAAAAAGUAGCAUGGGUAUUCUCCAGGAAAGCUACCCUUGAACUGACACACAAUUGGGGCACGGAAGAUGAUGAGACCCAGAGUUACCACAGUGGCAACUCAGACCCUCGAGGAUUUGGUCACAUUGGAAUUGCUGUUCCUGAUGUACAUGGUGCUUGUAAAAGAUUUGAAGAGCUGGGAGUCAAAUUUGUGAAGAAACCUGACGAUGCCAUGAUGGACUGCCUUCUGGUCCACGCCCAAACUACCCAUUUCCACACGGACCAGAACCUUCCCACACUUCGCAGAAGUACCGAUGGGAUCGGCGCCAGUCUGGACGAGGCCACCGCUCUUUCCACCACAGGGGCCCUGGAACCUCACGACAGGGACCUUCCCAUCUGCAGUGACGCGAUCGUGACGCCAGCGCGCAGAGGCGCGUGCGCGGCCACGGCGGUGUGCGUGAAGGCGGACGCGCGCCGCGCCAGCGGCGGCGGCGGCGGCGGCGGCGGCGAGGACGGCGGCGGCGAGGACGGCGGCGACGGCAGCGGCCGAGGGGGCGGUGGCUACGAGGUGCGUGCGGAGCAGGCGGAAGAGGCGUCCGUACGGGAGGCUAGGUCGCAGAGGAACAUCGUUGGGGUGAGUAGCCGGGGCCUCUCAGGGGAGGUGGGGCCUGGCCGCACCUGCUGCGCGGGCUCGGCGCGGGAACGCGCGCCCCCACCGUACCCGCGCGCGCCGCUCCACGCCCCUCUGGCGCUUUUUCCGGGGGCGGGGAAGGAGCGGGGACGGGGGCUGGCGAGGGUCAGUUUCUGGGCGCGGGCGAUCCGGGAAGCGGCAGCGAGGGGCCGGUGGAGACAUUGUGGUCCCGGAAGGUGUAGUGGGAAGUAG